AUGGCCGGAGCGCUGGCAAGAAUUACCGCCAAUAUUGGCGGGCCGGGCGAACGGCGCAGGCGGAUGUACGCAACAGUGGUGAUGUCCGUACUGCUGUAUGGGGCCCCAAUCUGGGCACAGACGGUGGCGGGGGACCGAGGUAUCCUGAAUGGCGUGCGAAAGCUGCAGCGGCAGCUCGCCUUGCGGACGAUCAGGGGAUACCGGACCAUUUCGCACGACGCGGCGGCCAUCCUCGCGGGGAUGGUCCCGUUCGACCUUGCGGCGAACCGGAUUAAACGUUCGUAUAUUCGAAGGAGGGAUAUACUCGCUAGGGACGGGGCGGUGACCCAGCACGUAGGGGCGGUCCUGAUGGAGGUCGAGCGACGCCGCUCUAUUGAACGCUGGCAGGGACGGCUGAACGAGCUGCCCACGGGUGGGCCGGGCGCGGUCGUCCAAGGUGCCAUCGGAGACGAUCUGGAGGGGUGGAUCGGGAGGGCGCAUGGCUCCCUCACAUACCGCAUUACGCAGAUUUUAACGAGGCACGGGGUGUUCGAGUCCUAUCUAUACAAGAUAGGACGAAGGGACACCCCGAUCUGCCUCUUUUGCAGGGCCACGAGUGACACGGCGGCGCAUACCCUUCUGUUCUGUCCGGCCUGGACAGAGCAGAGGGGGGCGCUGCUGGAGAUCAUAGGAGUAGAUAGAACACUCCGAGCGGUGGUGAGGGCUGCCAUGCGCUCUGCCGAGGCAUGGCAUGUCCUCGCAGAGUAUUGCGAAAAAGUCAUGAGGAUAAAAGAGGAGGAUGAACGCGCACGAGAGCGGGGUACUGUCCCGCGCGUGGGGAUACUAGCCCUACCUCCUGACGAGGAAGACUCCGACACCGGAUAG